AGCUGCAGCAUCGCCGUAUCUGUCUGCGUCCAAGAGCGUGAGAUCGUGGUAACAGAAGAGCUGUGGAGUCUUUCGCACAGCAGCCCAUACCUUGCUGGAACUACGAGUCUCCCCGCGCAGGAAAGUGCGAUAAAGUUGGUGCACACAAUAAAAAAAGCGUUGGCAAACAUGUGAUGAUGUUAGUUCUCGGAUGUUGUUGUGUUAAUACAAAAUGUGCAGCUCUCCCCCAAACAUAUAUUAAUAAACAUCGAUGCCCUUUAAAAGCCUUUUGAUGAAGGGAUAGUAUUUGGAGUGUAAUGCGCAUUUUAGAAUUUUUUAUCGAUUAAACAGCUCAUUACGGGCAUAAUAAUAAUGCAAGUCAAGUUAUAUGGUGCAGAGCAGACAACAUUACACCAACCUGCGGAUCUCUCCACCUCCAUUUACCUUUCUCCCUUUCCCACACCUAUGGCCCCUCCCAGCACGUGGUCCGCUCUGGUUGGUUGCAUGAGAGCUCCUCUUGACCAAUCAGACCCAGCCAUCUGUGUUGGGCACAGUUUGAGGGGUACAGUGUGAGUCGCUUAUUCAUCACCUGCCGGCACUGAGCAUUUCAGCCUUGGAGUGGAUUCUACAGGUGACUGGCUUUCCCAUUCUCAAAUAUGUGGUGGUGCUUACUCAUGGCAGCUGCACUUAUGGCAGUGUCUGCAGAUCCCUUAAUAUAUUUUCGAGAACAGUUUGAGGAUGGAGAUGAAUGGCAAAAGAGGUGGACUGAAUCAAAAAACAAAUCGGAUUUUGGUAAAUUCCAUUUGUCUGCAGGCAAACUUUUUGGCGAUCCAGAAAAGGAUAAAGGUCUGCAGACAAGCCAGGAUGGGAAAUUUUACUCUAUCUCUGCAAAAUUUGAGCCAUUCAGUAAUGAGGGACAGACCUUGGUAAUUCAGUACACUGUACAACAUGAGCAAGGCAUUGACUGUGGUGGAGGUUAUGUGAAAUUAUUUCCUGCGGAUAUGAACCAGGAGGAAUUGAAUGGUGAAUCCCAGUACUACAUCAUGUUUGGGCCUGAUAUCUGUGGUACCAUACAUGAGAAAGUCCAUGUUAUCUUCAACUACAAGGGGGAAAACCACUUAAUUAAAAAGAACAUAACUUGUAAACAUGAUGAACUGACUCACUUAUAUACAUUAAUUAUUCGUCCCAACAAUACAUAUGAAGUAAAGAUUGAUAAUGAAAAUGUAGAGAAUGGGACUUUGGAAGAUAACUGGGACUUCCUACCACCCCGCAAAAUAAAAGACCCAAAUGCAACCAAACCAUUAGACUGGGAUGAGCGGGAGCAGAUUGAGGAUCCCAAUGAAUUGAGGCCAGAGGAUUGGGAUGAGACAGAAUACAUUCCAGACCCAGAGUCACAUACACCAAAUGACUGGGAUUCCAGCAUGGAUGGUGAAUGGGAACCUCCAAUGAUCCAAAACCCAAAGUACAAGGGAAUAUGGAAACCAAAAAUCAUAGACAAUCCCAACUUUCAAGGUGAGUGGAUUCAUCCUGAGAUUGAUAACCCGGAUUAUAUGCCAGACCCAAACAUCUAUAGAUAUUACAAUAUUGGAAUAAUUGGACUGGACUUGUGGCAGGUAAAAUCAGGCACAAUCUUUGAUAAUUUCCUUAUAACAAAUAAUGAAACAUUCGCCGAGAGGAUUGGAAAUGAGACAUGGGGCAUUACAAAGGAUCCAGAAAUGAAGAUGAAAGAAAAACAGGAUGCAGAAAAAGAGGCGAAGGAGGCACAAGAGGAAAAAGAGGGGAAAGCACCAAAGUGGAAAGGUUUACUAAAGAACAUUGAAAAAAUGGGGAAGAUCAAAAACGAUAAUAAAGCGGAAAUACCCAAAAUAAAACACGAACCACAGCCAACAGAAAAAAUUAUUGAAAACGAUGAACAACCUGAAGCUGAAACAAAGGAGGAAACCAAUACAGCAGCUAAAGAUGAAUUAUAAUAUGUUGUAGUAAGAUCACAAAUACACUUAAAAUUGAAAAAUAUCUUGUUAAAUAGCCACUAUAUAUUUCCAUUACACAGAGUAUAGUGGCCCUUAAAAAAAAACUAAUACAGACUUUAAUGUUUAUAUAUUUAGGUUAACUUCUUGGAGUAGUAAUGUAGGCAUAAACAAAGAAUAAAUUACCUGGAUCCUGUAGAACUGGAACAGGUGGAGUUGUAUUUGAUUACACCAUGUACAGAGACCAUUAACUCCAUGUCAUCAGUAAGCUAAUGAUCCAUAUUUUGCAUUUUAAGACUUUUUUCAUUUUGGUAAAUGUGAUUGGCACAAAGGGCAUUUGUCUUAAUGACAUUUCCUAAGUAAUUUUGCAAAUACUGAUUAAAAAGAAAAAAAAGUAUGUCCAUUUUUUUGCAAUUACCAUAGCGGCUCUCACAAUUCUAGCAAAUUUCUGGUAAAUAGAGCCCCCCCUUGUGCUAUUACGGUAGUCUUUGCAAAACCAGAACUGGAUCAUUAUGACAAUGAUGAAAUGAACUGACUGAUGUCUCUGCACCUAUAACCUUAAAAAAAAAUAAGUCAGAAAAAAAGGAAAUAUAUAUUAAUUCAUGGUUUGGGACACAAGCAUGGGUCCCCAUGGUGUUUAGGGUAGGUCACCUUUAACAUAGUUCCACAUAAAUUGCUUAAAAUGCAAUGCAAUAAAGGGUGAUAAAAAUGAGGAUAUUAAAAAAAAUAUAUCAUUAAUACUACAUUAUAGUAGCUCAGGGCUCUUAUACACAUUUCCUUGUACAUUCCCCUGUGAUGAAUCAUACGUUCCACCGCAGGGGAACAUAGGAAUUAACAAAGCAUAGUUUUUUCUAUCAAAUUGUACUUAAUGUACUUCAGGGACGUGUUAAAUGCAGGUUUGCACUUCUUCCUGCAUUCAAUGCUUUACUUUGGCACAUUGAAUACGAUCUGAGAAGACUGGGCUGAUUUGUUCCCCUGCGGUGGAACACGUGCAAGAUCCAGUACUGGGCAGCACACAAGCAUGUUUGCAAGAGCCCUUUAUUCACCACAUUAAAUAUUAAAAAGUUUUGUGAAAUUUAAAACAAACCCUAUGCAUUAACUUGGCUGGUCAGGACUGGAUGACAGGGGCCCAAGCAGGCUUGUACAAUUAGUGCCUAAUCAAGAUGUAAACCUUCUUAAUGAAAAAAACAUUCAGCUGUGAAAUGAUUUGUAUUGGGAUAUCUGUCUCCUUUGGGAAUAAACACUUUACAGGAUUAAAAAA